AUGUCUGCUGCUGUUCUUUCAGAGAAUACCCUCCAAGGAGUUCGUCUCAUGGCCAAAGAUACCAUUUCUAUGUCUUCAUUUCGAAGAUUAGAGGGAAAAGUUGCAAUAAUAACGGGAGGAGCAAGAGGUAUAGGAGAAGCAACCAUAAAAUUAUUCGUCAAGCACGGUGCAAAAGUGAUAAUAGCGGACAUAGAAGACGCCCUAGGCAACGCCUUAGCUGAUUCUCUCUCACCGUCCGCCACCUUCGUCCACUGUGACGUCACUAUCGAAGACGAUGUAAUUAAGAUGGUCGACACGGCCAUCGCAUUGCACGGACGUCUAGACAUACUUAUAAACAACGCCGGCGUAUUAGGGUCCCAAACAAAAUCAAACAAAAGCAUACUAAAUUUUAACCCUAAUGAGUUUGACUCAAUCAUGUCAGUCAACGUUAAGGGUGUUGCCCUAGGGAUCAAACAUGCUGCACGUGUGAUGAUGACACGUGGUAGUGGUUCCAUCAUCUCGACAUCGAGCGUAGCGGGUCUAAUGGGUGGACUUGGACCACACGCGUACACAGCCUCAAAACACGCCAUCAUUGGGUUAACUAAGAAUACGGCGUGUGAGUUGGGUCGGUUUGGGAUUCGAGUAAAUUGUAUAUCUCCAUUUGGGGUGGCAACUUCUAUGCUUAUCAAUGCAUGGAAAAAUAGUGAAGAUGAAAUGGAAUUAGGGUUACCUAAUUGUGAGGAAGAAGUGGAAAAAAUGGAGGAGUUUGUAAGGGGAUUGGCUACUCUAAAAGGUCUUACUUUAAAACCAAAAGAUAUUGCUGAGGCUGCACUUUACCUAGCUGGUGAUGAGUCUAAGUAUAUUAGUGGUCAUAAUCUUGUUGUUGAUGGUGGAUUUACUACCUCUAAAAAUUGUAUUGGCUUGUGA